AAAGGUGGAUUCGUGAUAUGGCUUAGUACUAAUACUCACGACUGUUAUAAAGUAUGGGAUGCUCUGUUCACUAAAACAAUCUGUGCGAUUGUGGAGUGGUAACCUAUAGGAUAAAAUCAAAACACAGUUUCCCGGGUAAAUUUACGGAAGGAGACCCGUUUGUGUCGCAUCAAAACGAAACUAUGCUUCAUCUUAAAGCUGCGAUGAAGCACACCGUCGCCUUCAUCCUGGCGUCGUUUGUGACAACAUCUACCGCUGGAACUCCAAGAUCUCAACUGUUCGCCUGUAUUGAGCUGCCGACUUGGCUAGCAACUGGCCCUACAUCAUACACUGUAAAAAUGAUCGAAAGAGUUUUAAACGUUUCGGGUGUAUUUCUUGCCACGGGUGCGCGAACAACUGAAGAACAAUCUAAUUUCGAGCCAAUGGAUUUUCACGCAACAAUAACAACACAGUUUCCUAGCGCAUUUGAAAAUGGCAGCUAUUUGCCAUCAUCUUAUCGUCUUGCCGCUAAAUUGGUAAGCGCUGCGCCGAGGGAUACGUUCGUUUAUCAAGCUAAACCUUCAAGUAACAUCAUCGCGCUGGAUACAUCAGCAAUCCCGAAUGAUGUAAAAAUGCCUCCUAUAAUAUUAGGACAGCCCGGUACACCGAACCCUAACCUCGGUUUAGAAUUCCGAAAUACACUCGUUAAGGCUUGCAAGUCUGCUUUCCCCGAUAUCAGCAUUCGCGACCUGGAUGCUACGCCAUUUCGCUAUCAGAACUGUUCAGUGGUCUGUGUUCUUGGGUUCCCCCCGGUUCCUAUCCCCGACGGCGAAAUAUGUUAUCUGCAGAUAAAUUCCACCACGACACUGGGUCGAUGCCGAAAUAAAGGGUGCAUAUAACCACGGAAACGCGGAAAACUUCCCAGCGAACUUCGUCACAAACUGUUUUAUUGAGAGCCAAUCUGAUGUCAUAUGUUGUGGAGUCAGAAAGGCUUGACCUCAAGGACGAUUAUUAGUAUUCAUUUAAGCUAAUUAAUGAAGUGUCUAUCUCAAAAAGAACUGACAGAUAACCCACGUAAUAAACAUGGUAGUUUAGGACUGAAGAUGGCGUA